UUUUUUUUAUAAAAAAGAGAGGGUGAAAAAGAAUACAAAGAUUGGAGAAGAGCUCAACUCUUCUUAUGCAGAGGCAAAUCCAAAUGGGUUUCCAGUGGGAGACUUGAAAAACAGGUGAUUAGAGCUGAACUGAAAGUCUAGUUCUUCGACAUUCUUGAUCUUCUACUUUUUGAUGAUGCAAUGACAACUUCCUAAUCAUUGUUCGUAAUCCCUUCAAAAUCGCCUGCCCCCAUUUCUCGUUUAACCAGAUGCUUUGACGAUUUUCCAAUCGAUUCCAGCGGCCUUAGCCUUUUCCCGUCAAAUGGAAAUCGACCAAGAAACCAAAAGCAGAAUCUCUGACACAGUUGAGGGGAUUUUACUAACCGCGGAUAUGGACCAGGCCACAGAGUUCCAGGUCCGAACCAUGGCUGCCGAGCGGCUGGGCAUCGACCUCUCGAACCUUGAUCACCGGCGGCUAGUCAGGCAAGUGCUCGAGUCGUUCUUGCUCUCCAUGGAUAUUUCAGCAGAUGAACAGGCGGUAGCUGAUCCUAGUGUUCGAGAAGAAACUAGGGAGGUCGUGCGGGAAGAGCAAGAGGCGAAGCCUGAGGAGCUUGAUAGUGACGGUGACGUUAUUUGCAAGCUAUCGAACAAGAGAAGUGUGGUCAUCCGAGACUUCAAGGGGAGAAAAAUGGUGUGGAUUGGGGAAUACCAUGAAAAAGAUGGAAAGCAUGUUCCUUCUCCGAAGGGCAUUAGUUUGACAGCUGAACAAUGGUUAGCUUUUAGGAAGAGUGUCCCAGCAAUUGAAGCAGCAAUUAUGAAAAUUGAAACAAGAACAAGAUGUGAGUUCAGGGGAAACCAAAAUGAUGAUAUGCCAAAUUCAUUGAUUGACUCUACUUCUCUUGGACUUGUUCGUAUCAAGACCACUCGUCUAGAUGUGAAGAAUUAUCAGUGUUGGGCGCAGCAGAUGGAAAGCUUCCUAAAUCAAUUGAAGAUUGCAUAUGUUCUAACCGAUUCGUGCCCAAGCAGUAAUCUAAGCCCAGGAGCAAGUAAUGAGGAAAUUGCUCAGGCCAAGGCUCCUGUACAAAGGUGGGUUGAUGAUGACUACAUUUGUCAUCACAUCAUUUUGAACUCCCUUUCUGAUGAUCUUUAUGAUCAGUACUCACAGAAAACUAUGAGUGCCAAGGAGCUCUGGGAAGAGCUAAAGUUGGUUUAUUUUUCAGAGCAUGAAACAAAGAGAUCACAAGUUAAAAAGUACAUUGAAUUUCAGAUGGUUGAUGGAGACUCGAUUCUCGAGCAAGUUCAAGAAUUUAAUAAGAUUGCUGAUUCGAUUGUCGCUGCUGGAAUGUCCAUUGAGGAGAAUUUUCAUGUUAGCGUCAUCAUCUCCAAGCUCCCCCCAUCUUGGAAGGAUUGUCGUUUGAGAUUGACAGGUGAAGAGUAUCUCCCUUUUUGGAUGUUGAUGGAAUGCUUAAGGGCUGAGGAAGAGGCUCGCAACAAAGACAGGAGCGGGGAGCCUACUACGAGUGCUCAUGUUCAUCCAGCUAGAAAAAUUGUACCAAAGAUGAGAAACCCAAUGCAGCCAGUCAUGCCUGGGAAUAAGCGGGAGUUGGAGAAGGAUAGCAAGGCCAUAGUCUGCUAUACUUGUGGCAAAAGGGGCCACAUAUCCAGAUACUGUAACAGCUAGGAAAUUUGAGAAUUGAGUCGAGGAGAAUAGAGAUGAAUACAAUGCACAACUAUACCUGUAACUACAGACGGUGCCAUGUCUGGAUGAAUUGCAGUGUAGUUGUCAAUGAAUUUGUGUAGUUUUCUUUUCCUCAUUAUUAUUAUGAAUAGAGGGCAGCAAAGCUCCUGUGGACUCAUUUAAAGGCUCAAAUGUAAGCUCGCAUUUAUUUGAUAUAAUUAAAAAAUAUAUUUUCUUAA